UCCAUACCAUAAUAAUUCUGAUUCUAGGGCCAUGUGGCACCUUGUCAAAUACUUUGCUUAAUCCAUAAAUUCUGCAUCAAGCACACUGCUCUAAUUGAUCUCUGUAUAAGCUGACCUCACCUCUCCUGCUCAGAUAUACCUCCAGGAUUGCACUUCAGAAACAUCUUUAUUAGUUGCAAGGUCUUUGGGACAUUCAAUGACAGGAGAAACACUGUAUGGAUGCUACGUGUCUCUCUGACUGGGGCAAUGAGUAUUUUUUAUUAACUUAUGUGUUCACUUACAAGAUGUGGGCUUCACUGGUUAGGGGACCCCUUAUUAUCUACCCCGACAGCUCCAGUGAGGCUCACCAGAGCACGUCAGAAGCUGCCUGGAGUCAACACAUGCAACCAGACGAGGUGAAUGAGGCAGGAUUGCCAGACAUUGCCAUCUGCUGGUGCUCGGAAGAAACAUUCUUCCCCCCACUUUCUAUGACUCACCUACCCACCAGUGGCCAGUUAACCUACCAACCCGCACGUCUCUGGGAUGUCGUAGGAAACCAGAGCACCCGGAGGAAACCCACGCGGUCACAGGGAGAACGUGCAAACUCUAGGACUGAACCCGGGUCUCUGGUGUCACAAGACAGUGGCUCUACUCACUGCUCCAUGGUACCUGUUGAGGGUCCUGGAGUGAGGAUUGAACUCCCAACUGAGACAAGAGCAGACAAACUGCGCCGCAGUGAUACUCAAUCGAUUUCACUAUCCAGCCACACGCUGAACAGCUUUGAUGCAUUCUUUACAGCCCAGAACUUAAAGUUUGGAGCCUUCCUUCCAUCCCUGCCAGUCCAGUGAAAUUCCAUUCAAUGGACACAAGACGGUUAUUGGCCAAACUGCAACAGAGGAAGGUUUACGGCUCCGAGGAAGUUCUAGCCUUUCCACAAGUAAUAAUGAUUCCUUUUCUAUUGCUACACUUCAGUACAAAAUGAUCACCCCCUCCCCCACUUCCACUGCUGUCACCUGGUGUCAGAAAUCCCACUCACGGGACUGUUCUUGCAACGAUCUUAGUAAAGCUGUAUGUAAAUUUGUAAAUUGGUUUAUUAUUGACACUUGUACCGAAGAACAGUGAAAAACUUGUCUUGCAUACCGUCCAUACAGAUCAAUUCAUUGCAACGGUGCAUUGAGGUAGUACAAGGGAAAACAAUAACACAGUGCAGAAUAAAGUGUUACAGUUACAGAGAAAGUGCAGUGUAGGCAGACAGUAAGGUGCAAGGUCACAAUGAGUUAGAUUGUGAGGUCAAGAGUCCAUUUUAUCGUACAAGGGAAAGUGCAGUGCAGGCAGACAAUAAAGUGCAAGGCCUUAAUGAGAUAGAUUGUCAAGAGUCCAUCUUAUUGUACUAGGGAACCGUUCAGUAGUCUUAUAACAGCGGGAUAGAAGCUGUC